AUGAAGAUGCAUUCGCCAUGUGAUGGAUUUGGGCUCAGUCAGGGAUGUUUAUGGAAUUGUGUGCUGAAGGUCGUGCGUAGCCAGUUGAAUGGUGGUUGUCACUCCAAGAAGAGAGGCUAUGAGAAGACAGAUGAUGUUUCAGAAAAAACUUCUCUAGCUGAUCAAGAGGAACUAAGAACUAUAUUCAUCAAUCAGCCCCAGCUAACCAAAUUCUGCAAUAAUCAUGUCAGCACUGCGAAGUACAACAUAAUCACAUUCCUGCCAAGGUUCCUUUAUUCCCAGUUCAGAAGAGCUGCUAAUGCGUUUUUUCUUUUUAUUGCAUUACUUCAGCAAAUACCAGAUGUAUCACCAACAGGCCGUUACACAACAUUGGUCCCUCUCUUAUUUAUUUUAGCUGUAGCUGCAGUGAAAGAGAUAAUAGAGGAUAUUAAAAGACAUAAAGCUGAUAAUGCGGUGAACAAGAAAGAAACUCAAGUACUACGAAAUGGUGCAUGGGAGAUUGUCCACUGGGAAAAGGUGGCAGUAGGGGAAGUAGUGAAAGUGACCAAUGGGGAACAUCUCCCAGCUGAUCUCAUCAGUCUGUCAUCAAGUGAACCACAGGCUAUGUGCUACAUUGAAACAUCUAACUUAGAUGGUGAGACAAACUUAAAAAUUCGACAGGGUUUGCCACUAACGUCAGACAUAAAGGACAUAGAAAGCUUGAUGAGACUUUCAGGCAGAAUUGAAUGCGAGAGCCCAAACCGACAUCUCUAUGAUUUUGUUGGAAACAUCAGGCUGGAUGGGCAUGGUACUGUUCCAUUGGGACCUGAUCAGAUUCUUCUACGAGGAGCUCAGUUAAGAAAUACGCAGUGGGUUCAUGGGAUAGUUGUCUAUACAGGACAUGACACAAAACUUAUGCAGAAUUCAACAAGUCCACCUCUUAAAAUGUCUAAUGUGGAACGAAUUACAAAUAUUCAGAUUUUGAUUCUGUUCUGCAUCCUUAUUGCCAUGUCUUUGAUCUGCUCUAUUGGUUCAGCUAUAUGGAAUCGAAGGCAUACUGGAAGAGACUGGUAUCUUGAGCUAAAUUAUGGUGGAGCAAGCAACUUUGGAUUGAAUUUCUUGACUUUUAUAAUUCUCUUCAAUAAUCUUAUUCCAAUCAGUUUGUUGGUUACGCUUGAAGUUGUUAAAUUUAUCCAGGCAUAUUUCAUAAAUUGGGACAUAGACAUGCACUAUGAACCUACGGACACUGCUGCAAUGGCUCGUACUUCCAAUCUCAAUGAAGAACUUGGACAGGUCAAAUACAUAUUUUCUGACAAAACGGGUACCCUGACAUGUAAUGUCAUGCAAUUUAAGAAGUGUACUGUAGCAGGAGUUGCUUAUGGCCAUUGCCCUGAGCCUGAGGAUUAUAGUGUUCCUUCAGAUGAUUGGCAAGGCUCACAAAAUGGAGAAGAAAAAAUGUUCAGUGACUCAUCAUUACUGGAGAAUCUUCAAAGCAAUCAUCCAACUGCACCUAUAAUAUGUGAGUUUUUGACGAUGAUGGCAGUGUGUCAUACAGCAGUUCCAGAAAGAGAGGGUGAUAAAAUUAUAUAUCAAGCAGCAUCUCCAGAUGAAGGAGCAUUGGUCAGAGCAGCCAGACAUCUUCGUUUUGUGUUCACUGGAAGGACACCUGACUCAGUAAUCAUAGAGUCUUUGGGACAGGAAGAGAGAUAUGAACUGCUAAACGUCCUGGAAUUUACAAG